AUGGAGGUCGAUAGUUUAUUGAUUACUGAAAAUCGUAAGUUUUCUCAAUUAUUGAAAAAAAAAAACAUCCAGCCGACCUAGAGCCCCCUUUCUGAGCAAUCUAGAGCUUUUCAUUGUACCAAUUUUUCAUUUAAAAAUUAUUUUUAAAAGAAGAAAGUUGUUUUAAUGGUCAAUUUUUGAUCUCAAACCAAACAGCAGAAAAGGAACACAAAAAAGUUCAAAAUUUGAUCUAUUUCUCCCGCCCUCCCCUUUUUAUUGUUAUUUAUGUUAUUUUUUUUGUUAUCGAUCAAUUUUUGAUUUUCUUUUCGCAGAUUCGCCUAUAAAAAUGGGAAAACUUCGGCAAAUUGAAUCGAAAUUCAGCUUUGGCAUCAAUGUGUUCUACAACUUGUUUCGACUUUUUCCGCUGAUUUUUUCGGAUUUCUGGAAGACUAUUGCAUUGACUGUUAUUACAAUUGCUGCAGCUGUUGGGAGUGAGUUUUUGGGGCCCAAAAAAAGAUAAUCACUCCCGGGAUACCUCUAACAUAUUACAGUUUUCAUAGAUAUUUUUUGUAAUACGUUGUGGUAUUCUGUAAGUGUAAAAUAUCUACAAAUUUUGUAAUACUCCCAACUAGACUUAUUUUCGGGAUCAGACUAGAUUCUAGUCGAGAAAGCUGAAAUAGUCUAGUUUGAUUUGAAAGCUUAUUUCUCAAUAAUUAUUUUCCGUGGUGACAAAAACUAAAUGAGACACUGACACUAUUUUUCGAAACAGUGAUUUUUUUUGUAAAUUUUUUUUGGAUUUUCUGAAGUUGUUGCCGAUCUUCGCAGCAAAGAUCAAACUACACAUUUUUCGCCUCAAAACCUUUUGUCGUUUUACUUUGUUUAUAAUUCCAAAAGAUAACGGGUACAUUUUUCUGAUCUAUUAUCUAGACACCAGAAAAACACUAAUCCCCUUCCUAAGCCCUACAGUAAUCUGAAAUAAGUUGUUUUUUCUUUUCCAGAUGAGAUAAUCAAUUAUAAAACUGGUGUGAUUCCGGGAAAAUUCUAUGUGGCACUCAUUGAGCGAAAUGAAAAAGAGUUUUGGAAAAUUUUCUGGAUUUGUUCGGGAUGUUACAUUGGUCUAUGUUUGGUGAGAAUUUUUUUAAAUCUUAAAAACUUGAAAAAAAAUUAAUUUCAGGUCAUGUCAAUAAUGAAUUUCUUCUCCUGGCUUCUGUAUAUUCAACAAAGAAAAAAUCUAGUUGAAACUUUGCAUUGUUUAUAUUUUAACAGAAAUACUUAUUAUAAAUUGAACGCGAUUGAUGAUCAAGGAAUCGAUAAUCCGUAUGAAUUAGAAAAAAUGACUAAUUUAAAUAAAAAUUAAUUUUUUUGCAGGGACCAGAGAAUCACUCAAGAUGUUGAUAAAUUCACCAAACUUUUUGCCACAAAUAUUAUUCCGACAGUUUUGUUGUCACCUUUUAUUAUCACUUAUUAUUCCAUCAAAGUUUGGCAGACGUUAGUUUUUUUUUAGAAAAUUCGAAAAGAAUGAGAUCGUUUUUUCUCUUCAACUAAAAGUCAAAACAUCCCUCAUUUUUCAGAGCCGGUGGUUGGGGAGUUGGCCUAAUUGUUGCCUAUUUUCUAAUUGGUGUCAUAAUCAAUCGAUUGCUAAUUGGUCCCUUAACUCCAUGGGCCGCAAGAGUCGAAAAAGCUGAAGGAGAUUUCCGGUACAAACACGUUUCGGUUCGAACGAACGCGGAAGAAUCCGCGUUUGCGCAAGCUUCCGGAUUUGAACAUGUUUUUUCGGACUUGAGUUUUGCUGUUUUGCUGAGAAGGUUGUGGAUUUUUGUUUGCUGGAAAUUCCCGUCGCAGUGUGAGUUCAAAUCUUACGAAAAAAAUAGAAUUAAUUUUUUCUAUCAUAUUAUAAUCAAUCAUAUUUAUUUCAGUUUUCCAAUCAUUUUUCGAUUAUUAUGGAGGUUGCAUGUCGUAUAUUCUUCAACUUUUUCCACUUUUUUGUUUUUCAUAUGUAUGA